AAGUUAUUCAAGGCGGAAGUGCAACAUUAUUGUUGGACUUGUCAACACUUGGCCACAAGUAAAGGAUUAAAAGCUGUUAUUGCGGAGGACUACCAUGGUCGCUGCUUACUUUUGACGCAGCAUUUGUUAUUGCACCUUCUGGAGUCCGAUCGUCCACUCCGCUCACCACCAGUGCCUGAGUCGCCAGUCCGGUUUUUUUCCGGCUCGGGGCCGCCCCAUCCGUAAACAGCCUCUUCCAUCUGUGUCAAUGGCGGGACGCGGCGGCGGCGGUGCGAGCAGGCCCAACGGCGCGACGGCGGCGCCCAACAAGAGCUUCCAGUUCAAGCUGGUGCUGCUGGGGGAGUCGGCGGUGGGCAAGUCCAGCCUGGUGCUGCGCUUUGUCAAAGGCCAAUUCCACGAAUUCCAAGAGAGCACCAUUGGAGCGGCUUUCCUGACUCAAACGGUCAGCCUGGACGACGUCACUGUCAAGUUCGAGAUCUGGGACACCGCGGGCCAGGAGCGCUACCACAGCCUGGCGCCCAUGUACUACCGAGGCGCUCAGGCCGCCAUCGUGGUCUACGACAUCACCAACACGGACACGUUCGUGCGCGCAAAGAACUGGGUCAAGGAGCUGCAGAGGCAAGCCAACCCCAACAUCGUGAUCGCGCUGGCCGGCAACAAGGUGGACAUCGCAGACAAGCGAGCGGUGGAACAUCAGGAGGCGCAAGAAUACGCGGACGAAAACGGACUCCUCUUCAUGGAGACUUCAGCCAAGACCGCCCUCAAUGUCAAUGAUAUUUUUAUGGCUAUUGCCAACAAGCUACCAAAGAAUGACCCUCAGGCGGGCGCCGGCCAAGCGGGACGGAGCGGCGCGGGGGUCAACCUGCACGACACCGCCUCUCACAGCCGCAGCAGCCGGUGCUGUAGCGGCGGCGGGAACUAGAACCUUCGCGGGCACAACACUUAAUGAAAAGAAACACUGGAGGACAGGCAGAGCACCUUCGCCUCCCCCCUCCUCCUCCUCCUGCCUACUUCUCUUCUUCCUGUUCAUCUCCUCUGAAAUUGAAGAUGAAAUUAUCUGGAUGCUUUUUUUUUUUUUUUUUUUUAAAACCAAAAAUCACAAGCGAAGUGGGAUGAUCCCUUCCGACUGUUCUCCUUCCAUCUAUCUACCUCCCUCCCUCCCUCCUCAUUUUCAUCACUUCCUCUUUUCAAACUGUCUUCAAUUAUUAUUUUUUUUUUUUAGGGGGUGGUUGAUUUUUAUUUUUCGUUUUUUGGUCUCUUCCCAUUUUCUCGUGGGUAUGUUGUGUGUAUAUUAUGUAUGUUUAUGUGUAUAUAAAAACACAGUAUAUAUAUUUAUAUACACACACGAAUACUAUAUAUAUUAUAUACUGUAUGCAUACUGUGUGUUGUAGCUUCCAUUGACUUCCUUUUCAGCAAUCAUCAGAAAAUAGGAUUUUUUUUUUUUUUUCUCCCAGGAAUGUUCGUCUUAAUGAUGGUUGUCGUCAUCAUCAUCAGUGAUUUGGAUUAGAGUGGUGGUAAUAAGGUGUACACGAAAUAUAAUAAAGCUCAUGCAAGACAAUUUA